GUAAAGUGAACUUUCCAGGAAUAAUAAUAAUUUUAUAUUUUUAUAUUACAUUUUUAUUAUAUUAGUUGUUUGUUACUUUAUGUACUUAUGUUCAUGUUUUUUAUUUCAGGUUGAAAAGAGCAGCAGAAGGAUUUGAUCAGAUUUAGUGUAAUCAUGAGCUCUUUAAACUCCAGUUUAAUGGAAAAUCUGUCGUUUGUGCGUCCUGAGUACUUUUAUAUCAGUGGAUUUACUGGAAUUCCCUUUAUCAAUUAUUAUUUUAUCUUUUUAAUUUUUACCUACAUCAUUGCCGUGUUCGGGAACUCAUUCGUUGCUGUUAUAAUACUGACUGACCGGAGUCUCCAUGUUCCUAAAUACUUAGGAAUAUUUAAUCUGGCUUUAGCAGAUAUUGGAGAAACUAAUGCUCUGAUUCCUGCUCUUAUUAAAACUUUUUUUUUUGAUUCUCAGUUUAUUUCUUAUGACGCCUGUUUGGUCAACAUGUUUUUUGUGUUUUUCUUCAGCAGUGUUCAGGCUUUAACUCUGGUAGUUUUGGCGUAUGAUCGAUUUAUUGCUAUUUGUUUGCCGUUAAGAUAUCAUGCGAUUGUGAAUAAUUAUUUUAUGUCUGUAGUUUUAAUAGGAGUUUGGUCAGUUUGCUCUGCUUUUAAUGGAACAACAGUGGCUUUAAUCACUCGACUUUCAUUCUGUAAAUCUAAUGUAGUUAAAAGUUAUUUUUGUGACCAUGGACCAGUUUAUUCUCUCGCCUGUAAUGAUAAAACUAUAAACUCAGUUAUGGCCAAACUUUGUUCUACUUUAUUCGUAUAUAUCCCUUUAAUUUGUAUCAUUUUAUCAUAUUUAGGUAUUUUUCUCGCUUUAAGUAAGAUUACAACCUGGGCUGGACGACUUAAAGCACUGAAAACCUGCGUCUCUCAUCUUUUAGCAGUGGGAGUAUUUUUCCUCCCUAUAAUAAUCACAUAUUUUGCUGUAUACGUCUCUAUGUCUCUGCAUCCGAAUGCUAGAAUAAUCAAUUCCUCUCUGUCUAGUGCCAUUCCAUCCAUGCUAAAUCCCGUCAUUUAUGUCCUAAACACAAAGGAAUGUAAAGUCAUAAUGCUAAAUAUGUUGAAAAGGAGAUCCGGUGUAAAGCCACAGGUUUUAACAAAGUGACAAUAAUCAGUUUAAGCAGUGGAAACUUGACUGACCUUUACUGUAAAUACCUAAGAAAAGUGACAAAUCUGAAAUUAGUAUAGCAAUGUGUGUGAUCUGGUAGUAUACAGAUGUAUGAACUGGUAGAAAAGUAGUAUAUAGUAGUUUUUGCAAACUUAUGAGUGUUAAACAGUAAAUUUUACAUUUUAAUCCUGUUGCCUUUUGGAUUUUUCUUUAUUUUCCUAAU